AUGCAAGAAGUAGAGAACGAUAUCCGAAGCAAUGAACUAACAGGAAGACCUACAGGUAGUAUGCCUGGAGAAAAGAUGGCAGAGUCUGAGCAAAUCGAUGCAUGUUUUUCAUUCGUCAAGGCAAUCAACUACGGCGAAGUAAUUGACCUCUAUGGCAUUGCAACCAUCACGGCUCAUUCAAGCGGCUUCUGCAUCGGCUCUUGCAACUGGGUCAUUGAAAUAUACGACAAGAAGAUCUCUUACGUCUGCGAUCACACUAGUCUAAAGACACAUGCGUCUAGAGUCGACACGAACGCUUUGAAAGACUCUGACAUGCUCAUUAUCAACGGGCUAAAAUCUUGCCCUGGUUAUUCGCCGGACAGAUCCGUCAACGAAGCCUGCCAGACACUAGAUGAAACUAUCAAACGCGGCGGCAGCGUCAUGUUUCCCGUUUUUCCGACAGGAGUUAUGCUUGAUUUGCUGGAGAUUUUCAUAGACUAUCUGAGCCAAAUGGGUAGAGGACACAUCCCUUUUUACUUCAUUUCUCCCAUCGCCAAGGCAGCUCUUGCUCACGCCCAAAUCUACCCUGAGGCUUUGUCAGAAGCCAAGCAAGAAAAGGCAGCUCUUCCUCAGUUUCCAUUCGAUCACGAUAUCGCCAUCGAAAAGGGCAGGCUGAAAAUUUUGGAAGAUACGAACGAAGGCCUCUCAGACAAUUUCAGAAGUCCGGCUGUGUUCUUCGGCGGACAUCCCUGCUUAGAACUUGGUCUUUCACGCAAGUUGGGAAAGGACUGGAGUAAGAACCCGAGGAAUAGAUUUAUAAGCACUGAAGCUGGUUUUCCGAUUCACGCCUUUGCUGGUAGAAUGAACGUAAAGCAUGUUCCUGUUGAUACAAGAAUGACAACUUCCAGUGCGAAGAUCAUGAUCCAAGAACUCAAGCCAAAGGAGCUGAUCAUCUGUCAAGCGAUUUUGCUUACACAUCCGAAAUUGAGAGAGUCUAUCAUUCCUCCGAGAAUUUUCCAUCCGGGGAAGACGCAUAAUUUCAACAGCUUCAAGACAUUCAGAGAAGUCAAAAUGGACGUUUCUGCUGCGAGUAGAUUCGGCCUACGACCAGCUCCAAGCAAUCCGGAAAUCCUCGUUGGCCCAAUUUCGGGAACGCUCAACAUUUCAAAUGGCCAGUUCAGAUUCUCGACAGACUAUGAAGGGACAUCAAACAUUGAGCAAAAACUGUGGGGAUCAAUGACGGUCGAGGGACUUGCUAGGCAAUUGAAACUUGAUGGAUUCAAGAAUUUGGAGAUACAGGGACGAAAGAUAUUGAUCGGAGGAGCAGACGGAAGAGUCAGUGGAUUCAUUCAACUAGAGCAGCAAAGUGGUAGACUUCCGAUCUCGCCCAGGCAGAAGUCAGUACCACCGAAGAGAGCAACACCGAGUCAAGAAUCGGCUGAUGAUUUGGAUCUUCCGAAACCAAAGUCGAGAAAAAUGAGUGAGCCGGAGACGGGGAGCAAUCUUCUUUCAAAGGUCUCCAAGGCCGUUUCCUCUUACUGCCCCUCACCUGGAAUUAGAAUGAGAAAGAAUAAGAGGUUCGGAGCCCGAAGCGAUUUGAAAGAAGAGGUUUCCUGGCGAACAAGCAGCCCGAAGGCGACUAAAAGCGGUCUCGUGACAAAGCGUUCUACUCGCAAUCCGAGAACGCCGAUGAUGAGUAUGAGCAAGAAAACCUUGACUAAGGAAGACUACAAGCAGCUCAUUGAAAUGCACUCGAGAACUUUGAAAGAGACGAGCUCGGCGCCGACCUUGAGCUUUGUCGAUUUGACGGAGGAUGAUGCUCCUUCUUUCAAAAGAAUCAUGACGCCGACUCCAGCGCAGCGAGUUUCAACACGAUUGAAAAUCAUCGAAGAGAAAGAAAGCAGAGCAUCCUUGGCUCAGGGCUUGAAGCCAAAGGGCUCGCCAUCUAGCUCACAAGAAGAAGCGUUCCUGACGCAGGAGAAAUUGUUCUACGAGAUACAGGACCGAGAAACCGGCGAGGAAGUGGCUAGGCUGGAGAAAGAGCUUGAAAACAUUCGACUCAAGAGGGCAGCAAAACUAGCAUCUCGCGAGAAAACUGAGGCACCACUGAUAGACGCCAUUUGUGCCAAGUACUUGUUUACUAAAGCUCCCGCGCCAAAGAUUCCAGAACUGGAUGAGGAUCAACUGGCGCUUGUCGAUUCUGUUUGGUCGAGAGGACGAGAUAAAAUUGUGGCAGAAAUCGCCGGCGAAGAAUGCAAGAAGAGUGAUCUCCUGACACUUAGAGGCAGGCAGUGGUUGAAUGAUUUGGUGAUCAACUGUUACUUCAACCUGAUAAUGCAACGCGCAGAAGCAGAUAAAGAGCUCCCGCGAGUCUUUUGCUUCAAGACAUUCUUCUACCCGAAAGUCAAGCAGAACGGGCACAAGGGCGUGAAACGCUGGACGAAAAAGGUCGACAUAUUCGCAAUGGAUAGGCUGCUCUUUCCGAUCCAUCUCGGGGUUCAUUGGACGAUCGCGGCUGCUCUGAUGAAGGAAAAGAAGGUGAUCUAUCUGGACUCCAUGGGUGCCUCGAAUGAAGAGUGCAGAGAACUCAUUCUUGAGUAUCUAAGAGUCGAGCACGAAGUGAAAAGGGGCUCAGAGCUCUCGCCGGACUGGGCAACCGAAUCCUGGUCUCACCAAGUGCCGCAGCAAGACAACAGCAGCGAUUGCGGAGUCUUCACCUGCAAGUUCGGCGACUACCUUUCCCGCGGCUUGAAUGAGUUCAACUUCAAAGCCGAGAACAUGCAGACGAUGCGAAAAGCAAUCCUCGUCGAAAUCGCCAACAAACAACUGCUAUUCUAA